AUGCAUCUUUCCAAAGCUUUGAUGGGCCUGGUCUCAUUCUUGUCGCUCGCGUCUGGCGCCGUAAUGGGUCCUACGGUUCUCCCUCGUGGAAGCCUUAAAGUCGAAGACUGGAGCAAGGAAAUGAAUACAGCAAAAGCGUACACAACCUUGUGGCUCGCCAAGGAGUUCGAUGAGCAGAUCAAGAAUGAGGUGUACCCAAAUAAAUCGGACGGAACUUACGACAGGAAGAGAUACGAUAAGGUCAGACAGGAACUCAUCAGAAAAAUUGAGGAUUACCACCGAAAGAGCAACUUGCCGCCGGCUUUCAGCAAAUGCCAAAAGUGGCACGAUGACGGUGGCAUUCCGGCAGUUUCUGAGGACGCGGGGCAGUAUGCCUCCGAGGAAUACACGCAGGAUAAUGACGAGGCCGACGAGGCCGACGACGAGCGAUAUUUUGAUUACGAAAAUUAUUAUGGGAAUACAGGAUAG